UAGAAACCUGCACUGAUUGGCACGGCCCUGUCUCCUCACCUGAAGCUCGAGGAACCAGACGCUUUGAUGUGAUCAUGCCGGUCGCUCAGUCGCGGACGAGCAUGCCGGUAUCUUGAGCAGCUCCUCUAACCCUCUCCUCUCCUCUCCUCUCCUCUCCUCUUCCCUUCCAGAUGACGCGUCCCAUCCAGGUGAAGCCAGCGGACAGCGAGAGCCGUGGAGAAGACAGGAAGUUGUUUGUGGGGAUGCUGAACAAGCAGCAGAGUGAGGAGGAUGUGUACCGCCUCUUCGAGCCCUACGGAGUCAUCGAGGAGUGCACCGUGCUCAGGGGCCCUGACGGAAACAGCAAAGGCUGUGCGUUUGUAAAGUACUCCACACACGCUGAGGCCCAGGCAGCGAUCAGCGCUCUGCACGGGAGCCAGACCAUGCCACCCGGCUCGCCUUCUCUCCCCCUCCAGGGCGCCUCCUCCAGCCUGGUGGUGAAGUUUGCUGACACAGAUAAGGAGCGCACGAUCCGCAGGAUGCAGCAGAUGGUCGGCCAGUUCGGGAUCUUCAACCCCGCCGUCGCGCUGCCCUUCGCCACGUACAGCAGCUACGCACACGCACUGAUGCAGCAGCAGGCCGCUCUCAUGGCUGCCUCUCACGGGGGGUACCUGGCCCCCAGCAUUGCAUUCCCGGCCGGUCAGAUCCACCACAUGGGGGGCCUGACCCUGAACGGGCUGCCGGCCGCGCCCAUGACACCUGUGUCGGGUGAGUUUCACGGGAUGCUUGGUCUGAGCUCUCCCCCCUCCAUCGCCCCCUCAGCAGUUCCCAGCAUCGUGACCCCCCUCGUGAACGGCUUCACCGGGCUCCAUCACCAGCCCAACGGGCACCCUGCCGUGGAGGCCGUCUACACCAACGGCUUGCCGGCAUACUCAGCUCAGAGCCCCAGUGCAGCAGACACCCUCCAGCAAGCCUUCACAGGGGUGCAGCAAUACACAGCGAUCUACCCAGCGGCCACCCUGACCCCCAUUGGACAGACCAUCCCCCAGCCCCCGCCUGUCAUCCAGCAGCAGCAGCAGAGAGAAGGGCCCGAGGGCUGUAACCUCUUCAUAUACCACCUGCCCCAGGAGUUCGGAGACAACGAGCUGAUGCAGAUGUUCCUGCCCUUCGGGGCGGUCAUCUCCUCCAAGGUGUUCAUGGACCGAGCCACCAAUCAGAGCAAGUGCUUCGGCUUUGUGAGCUUUGACAACCCGGCCAGCGCUCAGGCUGCCAUCCAGGCCAUGAAUGGAUUCCAGAUCGGCAUGAAGAGGUUGAAAGUCCAGUUGAAACGGCCGAAGGAUGCCAGCCGCCCGUACUGACAGAGCCGGAGAGCCAGCACUCCCUGUGCCAGCGCAGGCCCUAAGAAAAGAGGAGACAUCUUGGAGGAGUUUUACUUUUUUCUUUUAAAAAACAAAAACAGCUUCUUGGAGACAUAUCAGCGUUAAUUUAAGAAGGCGUUCUGGAGCAAAGCGAGAAGAUGAGUCGAUACGCGACGGCGGAGAAUAAAUACAAACACAGGAACGAACGAACGAACGAACAAAACUCCGACCUGAAACUUUACUGCAGCUCUGUCUGCUGUCAAGACUGGAAUUUUUAAAUUAAGCAAAAAAAAAAAAGAAAAUAGUCUAUAUAUAUGUAAAAAACAGCAGAGAGCUUGAGAUUUUUUGGUUUUACUUUACUGGACAAAUGAGGGUUAAAACUUGAAGAGUGCAGGAAAACAAGAGAGCGCCGUGGGAUAGAACGAAAGGAAUUGCUACUCCUGCAGAAGGACUGUCUGCCUGUCCCUCUGUCUGUGUCUCUCUCUCUCCUUGACAAGCUGAGGGGUCACUGAGGUUCACAAACAAGUGUACAAUCCACAAGCUCUCCUUCUUUAGGGACCAAAGGACCAAACAUUUGUAUUGUUCUGAACUGUAAUGUAUAAUAAUAAUAAUAUUGAUGAUGAUUAUAAUAAUAACACUGAUGAUUAUAAUAAUGGUUCAGGGUUUGGGGUGGAAGGAGGUGGGGUAUCUUUCCUUUAUCUUUAAAUGUUAUUGAGUUUCAGAAUGAAACGAAUUGCUAAUGCUAUAAUAGAAGAGUGUUUUAAAGCAGUGUAGUGGCGUAGAAUACUUUGAUUGAGAUUGAUCAGGGCAUGCUCAGAACUGCAGUAACAGUGACUCUUCAGUCAUGGGAAAUUUGUCUGUAUGAAAGUCUGAAGAGGUCGCUUCAUCUGGGACACGUCUUUUAGUUUUUAAAAGCACAGGAUGAAACCCUGCCGUCCAGCAAUCCUACACAAACACAGACAAGGAGCAAGACGUGUGAACGCACGCACGCACGCACACACGCACACUCUCGCUCUCGCACACACAGAGACACAGACACAGACGCACGCACACGCACACGCACACGCACACUCUCGCUCUCGCACACACAGAGACACAGACACAGACACGCACACGCACACGCACACGCACACUCUCGCUCUCGCACACACAGAGACACAGACACGCACACACGCACUCUCUGUGUGUCCUCGUAAACCCAGUAGAUCACAAGCUAAUUUGUGGAAUUGAUGAUUAGAAAAUGGCCAGCUUUCACCAAGGUUCUAGCACCUAUUAACAUUGCUUCAGCAAGCUCUUCAGUGCCCACAUCCGUUUAACCCUGCGCUGGGAUGUUAAUUCUAAUACACACCCUCCCUUUAUGCAUUCCAGGUCCUGAUAAGGAAAACCAGCCAAGUGCGAUUUAUUUAACCCCACCCAUUUAAACAGAUGCAGAGACCGAGGUCAAAUGGGAUUUUACAUAGCACACAGCGCCACCACGUGGACAAACGAGGGUUAGGACAGACGUUCAACUGAAAUCCCAGACGCUGAAAACAGGAAACAAAGUAAAUAGGUGUUUCAUUCCUGCGAAUGUACCGCAGCGCUGCGGUGUGCAGUUUCUAUACAGCGUGUGUUAGGAAUAUAAACGCAACGUCGUUAACCAAGACACAACACUGCUAGAAAAGUGCCUCCCGGGUCCUCGGACUCACAGCAAUAAAAAGAGUCAAGGUCUGAGACUGGUGAAGAAGGAAUACAAAUUACACGCACACAGCUCUGGUUCCAGAAGUGCCACCCGAUUCUUAGCAUGCCAUUGCACAGCAGCUUAGUGCUGACCCAGCUGCUGCAGGGCCUGCUGCAGCCUUGCUCUUAAGGGACAGGAUUACACAGCUUGGACUGGGAAAGCGCACACAGCUGUAGGUCACAGGUUUCUUUUAUUUAGAAUCUUUGCACGCAUCCUGCUUCGCGGAGGCAGAUCUGCCCCUGUCAAAACAAACGAGUCUCACAAACCAGCCCACACGAGAGUCCACACACUACUGCUACACUGUUCCACCGCACGCCUCUCUCCUGUACUGUGAAUCGUGACCCUGGAAGAAGACGUGUUUCUGAUGAAGACUGACGCCUCAGAUUAGUGCCGUAUCACGACCAAAUCCAUCCGCAUUUAUUUGAAUUAUUUUUAACUGAGCCAGGAAUGAGAGGCCUCCAAGAUUCUCCCUUAUAAAAGUUUCCCAGAGUAAGAGCAUAGCAAAAUGUAAUAAAGCACAGCGAAAGCAUGGUAAAGCAUAGGAAAGCAUUGUAAAGCACAGAGAGGUCUGGUAAAGCAUAGGGAAGCAUUGUAAAGCACAGAGAGGUCUGGUAAAGCAUAGGGAAGCAUUGUAAAGCACAGAGAGGUCUGGUAACGCAUAGGGAAGCAUUGUAAAGCACAGAGAGGUCUGGUAAAGCAUAGGGAAGCAUUGUAAAGCACAGAGAGGUCUGGUAAAGCAUAGGAAAGCAUUGCAAAUCACCAGAGAGGGAUGGUAAAGCAUAGGGAAGCAUUGUAAAGCACAGAGAGGUCUGGUAAAGCAUAGGGAAGCAUUGUAAAGCACAGAGAGGUCUGGUAACGCAUAGGGAAGCAUUGUAAAACACAGAGAGGUCUGGUAAAGCAUAGGAAAGCAUUGUAAAACACAGAGAGGUCUGGUAAAGCAUAGGGAAGCAUUGUAAAGCACAGAGAGGUCUGGUAAAGCAUAGGGAAGCAUUGUAAAGCACUGAGAGGUCUGGUAAUGCAUAGGGAAGCAUUGUAAAGCACAGAGAGGUCUGAUAAAGCAUAUUAAAAAACACGACAAACCAGGGUAAACUUUGGUGAAUGCACAGCAUAAGCAUGGGAAAAGCGUGGGAAGGACUGCCGAAUGACCAGGGAAACUUUCACAAGCGCUAGCACAGGGUGUUGGGGGCUGUAGUGGGGUGAAUGAUCACAAGCCUGUCGAUACUAUUGAUACUGCCGACACAAACACAGGUUUGACACGUAACCAUGUGCCCGUGUGUGGCGGGAGCCGCAGAACAGCCCCCCACGCUGGUCCCAGCACAGCCCUCACUCAGACAGCACUGUCAGUAUUAUGCUGUGGUCCGUGACUGUCUUUACAUUACAGCCACAGUUCUGGUUUGAUUAAUGCUAAGAGAGCCGUGUGAAAUUCACACACAGUCAUGAACCAGAUACAUAUUCUGCUGUUAUUAUACUCCAGGCUACCAAGACCAGUUCAAGAUACUUUAGUUUUUUGGUUGCUAUGGCUACGCUACCUCCAUCCAUGAUCAUUCAUUUUCUGAGCAUGCUCAGUAGAGGGGGGGUGGUAAAGAUUGUUAUUAUACUAUGAAGAAGAGGAUUCCUAACUA